UAUGUGUCAGAUAGCAAGCAUGAAUUACUGAUAUGACUCAUUAACAUGGAUUAGAUGUGAUAUGUUUCUCACUACCACAUUUCGAUAAUCGUCAAAUGCCACUGCAGAAUUAGAAGCUGUAGGUGCUACAAGGGAUUUACAACAAUGAGUGAACAGAGAAGUAAAGUUAGAGGAGGACGAGGAUCUGGAAGUUCCGAUGACAAUGGACCUCGCAGUAACAGGUCAAUUCCACCGCUUAUGCAGAGAUCUCAUGCUGCUUAUCUGCACAACCAUACAUCUGGUGGUUUACCUGUGCAGAGAUAUCAUGCUGCUCAUCUACACAACCAAACAUCUGGUGGAUUACUUUCUCUACCCGGAGGGCCAGUGAUGAAUUACCCACAUCAGUCUCUAUAUCCCGGAACGUUUCAUAACCCGCAUCCAUAUUGGAAUCCAUAUGUUCCACCUGUGGCUUCUUAUAACCAGUACCAUCCAAAUCCGUCACAGAUAACACCGGAUUUACAGCAUAGAUUGGAGUCUCCCUCCGUGUAUAGUUACCAGUCUCUUCCCCAGACCGCAAGGUCAACCCCUGGAAACGCUACUUUAUCAGAGAGAGAGCCUGUGGAAUUUUUAUUGGAGCUACGACCAACAACAUCCUUCAACACAGAAAAGACAGCUUCAGCAUUAAUUUGCUUUACUGUUGCGGUAGAUGGGAUGAAAUUUGAGGGAUAUGGCAAGACAAAGACAGAAGCUCAACAUGAAGCAGCAACUGCAGCUCUUAAAGCCCUAUUCAAUAUUGUUUGUACUAAAGGACUGGAAACGACUGAGGCCGACUCAGACAAUGAGAGUAUUGCUAGUGAAAUAUCCCUUGUGGGGGAGAGUGCAGAUCAAAAGCUGAAGGAAGUAUCAAGAAGAGAUUCAAAUCUUAAUGAUGUUCGAGAUCAGCUGGAAAAAGAUGUGUUCUCUUUUCUUGUAAAAGAAUGUGGUGGAUGCACCAGUUUGAAAAGAUUUAAAGAGAUGUACAAUUCUCUACCUGAGGACUUUGAUGAGUGGUUAUUGAAGAAAAAGAAAAUACUAGCUGUGUAUAAGAAAGAAGGAAAACCUACGUAUAUUGCACCUUUCUUAAGAGAUGCAGAAACUUGUCUUCAUGAAUUAGGCCUUGGAAAUAGAAAAAGAUGUCAACGGAGAAAUUGCAAUUAUUUUCAUGUUUGCAUGUGGAACCUCAAUGGUAUGUGCAAACGUGGUGACAAAUGUACAUAUGGACAUACAUUCACCUCCGGUAACAACAAAGAAAUUAAAUGCAAACUGGGACUGAAUCGAUUUCGGGAUAAAGAAAUUUGCACAAUAUUAAAAUGCAGAUAUCCUCAAGUGUGCCCAGCAUCCCACUGUGAAGCGAACACUCCCGAGGAGUGUCCAUUUCUUCAUGUCUGUUACAACUAUAUUCGAGAUAAAUGUCAAAAUUCACCUUGCAGCAAAGGUCAUACUUUAGAUGAUCCUCACAACAAAUGGGUUUUAUCUGUUUAUGGAAUGUCACGAUGGCCUAGACAACAACUUGCUCGCUUAAAAGCUGUGAUUUCCAUUCACCGUGGACCAAAGAGAAACACAAAUGAAGAAGAUACAUCAUUGGAAGUUGAUAAUCACGAAAAAGCUUCAGAUUCCCUCAGCUCGUCAGAAAAUUAUUUAGCAGAAGGAGGUGAUAAUCCUAUUGAUGAGAGGGUGAAAAAUUAUGAAAUAGAGCAAAAUAAAGGAGAAAGCAAAAAUGAAAGAUCGGAGGAAGUAUACAAGACCAAGCUUGAAAGACGAAAUCGAUGGGAUAAGCCAGUUGAAGACACUGAAUUCAUGGCUGCUGUUACAACUAAAAAUAAUCCAAAGAAAAAACCCCCGUCGACGUCACAAAGUCGGGGAAUGAAAGAUAUACCAAAAAUUUGUUUGGCGUUGAACAAAUCCAGUGGACCAUGUCCUGAAAAGUGUAGCAGGUAUCAUACGGAACUCCCCUAUGAGUGGCAGAUAAAGAUAUACGGAGAAUGGGUCUGUUUUACAAGCAAUGAAAACCAAAAAAUAGAAAAGCAAUAUUGCCAACUAUCUGAUACAGUCGAAAGCGAGACAAAGCAUGAUGGUAGAGAUUACAAGAUUCGACUUAAUUUUCCGGAUAAUUAUGGACUUUUCAUCGAAAUUGACGGCGAGCCUUUUAGUGGUCCUGACCGCCACAUCAUCAGACGUCUUUCCACAAAGUCAUUUGCUGAUAGUUUGGAAAUAGCUUCUUCUGGUUCUUUUCACACGCAGUGGAGGUGGUACUAUAAAGACAAAGCGGAUGUCUGGAUUCCAUAUGAAGGGGAUGAUUUUCAGUCCACUUUGGAGUUAAAAUAUCUGAAAGGACAGAAGACGUAUGUAUUUACCAGACUGAAUCAUGGAUUAAAGUAUCGAAUAAGUUUCUCUGAGAUGCAGGAAACCAACUUAGAUACACAAGAAGCUCAAGCUAUACGUAGACGUCCAUUGUUUAUUUCAUUUUCCGAUGUGCGUGCCAAGAAUUAUUUGAAUUCUGUGAGGGUUACCAUUCUUCAUCCAGUACCUCCUGGUUGGUGUCUAUGGGAUCUCGCUCAUGAUUUCGAACAAGUGGAACUGGAACAAAUUACAGAAGAGUUUAAGAAGAUUGAGAAAGAUUUUUUCACAUCGAUGAACUACAAAUUCUUCAGAAUAGAGAACAUAUAUCGUGUACAGAACAAAACUCUUUGGAAUGAGUAUGAAAAGAGAAAAGAAUUCAUGGAAUUUGACAUGAAGAAGAUAGAAUCGAGAAUCGAAGGAAGACAUUUGUUCCACGGGACAGGCUCCAUGGAUGAAUGUUAUGGAAUAUGUACCAGCAACUUCGAUCUUCAAUCAAGUGGUAAAAAUGCUACUGCGUAUGGAAAAGGGUUAUAAUUCAAUGUGAGUGCCAAACACAGCCAUAGUUACACGAUGGGGCCACGCCGGGCUAUGUUUCAGGCCAAAGUGUUGGUGGGUCGUUACGCGAAAGGUGAGGAAAGUGUGACCUCUCCUCCCACCAUCCCAAAUGAGGAUCACAGGUGAUAUGACUCGUGUGUAGAUAACGUACAGAAUCCAAGCAUAUUUGUCGUGUUUGAUAGAAAUCAAAGUUACCCGGCAUAUUUGAUUGUCUACAAAGAGAAAUUGGGAUCUUCGAAACCUUUCUCGGAAACCUCCUUUUGUACAUUAACAUAAAUUUUACUUGUUUCAUGUUUUAAGAAGAUUUGGAAGCGUAAUGAUCAGAAGAAUAACAAUACUGGAUAUAGUGCAAUAAUUCAUUGUUUUAAGUAAUAGUACGCUAGCUUUACUUCAUUAUCUUGGCGCUCGUGAAAGUAAAUCAAGAUAUGAAAGUCACGAAUGUCUGAAAUUAAAGUGUCGAAUAUCGUAAAAACCUUGACAUUAGCACUUCUCAUCACAUUCUAUGAUAUUCCCUUGUAUUCCGUGUGUUACAUAUACCUGUGUUAAAGGCACUAUCAUGGAUUGAUAUUUUGCAUAAAUCACACUUUUGUAUACAAGUAUUUUCUGUACAGCUUCACACAAUUAAUUCGAACCACAAGGCAUUGAUAUGUGUAUGGGAUUAUUUUAUCAAAAAACUUUAAAACAACUGUACUCCCACACAUCCCUUCCCCAAAUACAGAGAGGAAAGAGAAAUAUAUCUACAGUCCCGGAAACGUUCUUCUUUCCCACUUGAACGGUGAGGGAACAGUGAACGCACGGUGAUCGAACGGUGAACGCAAAAUGAUCUAUUGGCUCGUAAUGUUUCGGAUUUUCCCCUGGGAUUUUACUUAUUUCAUAAUCAAGUAAUAAAAUACAUGUACAUGUCUAUUUCAUCAAUUAAUAAAAAAUGAAUUAAACCGGAAUCGUGAUGCAGCAUAAUUAACAGUUCUGGAGAUUUUUAAUGUAAUAUAUUUUUGUACAAGUACCGAGUACACAUAUAUAUAUUUCAUGAAAUUAUCGCAAAUUGUACAUUAAUACACGCAACAGUCAUACACAGACAAAAGUAAAUUUCGGAAGUAUAUUGUGUAUACCAUUACAUGCACAGAUACAUUUAAUGCAUGGGUAUAUUCUACAUGCGUCGUAACAUCCAGGAUUUACAGGUGUUCAUGUAUGGCUUCAAACUUUACAAGCUCGAUCGUUUGGGAUACCUGUAAUUAACAAACACCCCCGAAAGGAGUCAAGAUAGAUGCAGUAAACAAACAAUACGGACAGUAUACCCUGUGUCAACACCUCAACACUUCUAACAGUAUUAAAUAUUCCUACUUACAUUUUGUGUCGUUCAUUUGUCGCAGCUACAUCGACC